UGUCGGCCUGUGAUGUUUGCCCACAGGAUAAUGCACUGGGCCCGGCGUAUCGAACAGGAGAUUGACAGAGUCUUUCAGCACAUCACUGGCGCUCAGCAGUUGAAAGGGCUAUACAAUGAAGAAAGACGACAGUUUAAUCUGGUGAGGAAUCAGCCUCGGAAGAUUGUGGAGAAGGUUGCCUCUGAUAUAGAGAAACUCCUGGCGAAGAAGCGCAAAGCGCUCGAUAGGUUGGCCAGUGAAGCAGAGCGACUCCAGCGAGAGCAUCUCUGGCAGGAUGGAAUUAAGGAGCUGGACAUGGCUUAUUAUGACUCCAAGGCAGAGCUGGACUAUUACCCCAUGGAUGGAGAAGGAGAGGUGGAAAACCCUUCACACAUCAAGCUGGAGUUUGUUUAUGAUCCAAACUUCAAAAAUAAUGUCAACUAUUCCUACACAGCUGUUCAGAUUCCCACAGAUAUUUAUAAAGGAGCUCCAGUCAUUCUGAACGAGUUGAACUGGACGCAGGCGCUUGAGAAAGUCUUCAUGGAGAACAGCCAGGAGGAUCCGUCACUGCUGUGGCAGGCGUUCGGCAGUGCCACGGGUGUCACUCGCUACUACCCAGCGACACCUUGGAAAGCCCCCGAUAAAAUUGACUUGUAUGACGUCAGGAGGAGACCCUGGUACAUCCAGGGAGCCUCAUCUCCGAAAGACAUGGUCAUUCUUGUUGAUGUGAGCGGCAGUGUCAGUGGACUGACCUUGAAGCUCAUCAAGGCCUCAGUGAUGGAGAUGCUGGACACUUUGUCUGAUGACGACUAUGUCAACGUGGCCAGGUUCAACGAGAAGGCCGAGGCUGUGGUUCCCUGCUUCAAACAUCUCGUCCAGGCUAACGUGCGAAACAAAAAGAUCUUCAAGGACGCGGUGCAGCAGAUGCAGGCCAAAGGCACCACGGAUUAUAAAUCCGGAUUUCAUUUCGCCUUCAACCAGCUGUUAAAUAAGACAAAUGUUCCUCGGGCCAACUGUAAUAAAAUAAUCAUGCUGUUCACUGACGGAGGAGAGGACAGAGCUCAGGAUGUCUUCAUGCAAUACAACUGGCCCAACAAAACGGUUCGAGUUUUCACUUUUUCUGUUGGUCAACACAACUAUGAUGUUACACCUUUGCAGUGGAUUGCAUGCACCAAUAAAGGUUACUAUUUUGAGAUCCGGUCCAUCUGUGCUAUAAGGAUUAACACCCAGGAGUACCUCGAUGUGCUGGGGCGCCCCAUGGUCCUUGCAGGCAGCGUUGCCAAGCAGGUUCAGUGGACGAAUGUGUAUCAGGAUGCUCUGGGUCUGGGAAUGGUAGUGACUGGGACUUUGCCUGUAUUUAAUCUCACCAUGGAUGGAAACUCACAGAAUCAGCUGAUUUUAGGUGUCAUGGGGGUCGACGUGCAUCUUGAUGAGAUAAAGCGUCUAACACCUCGGUACAAUCUUGGAGCCAAUGGAUACAUAUUUGCCAUUGAUCCAAAUGGAUAUCUUCUGCUUCACCCGAACCUUCAGCCAAAGCUAGUGAACCUCCCUGAGCCUGUGACGUUGGACUUCCUGGAUGCCGAGGUGGAGGACAGCAACAAAGAGGAGAUCCGGCGACAAAUGAUUGAUGGAAGACCAGGAGAACUGCAAAUCCAAACUCUGGUCAAGUCGGUUGAUGAGCAAUACAUUGACGAGGUGCACAGGACUUACACCUGGACCUCUAUCAAUGGCACAGAUUACAGUCUCGGCCUGGUUCUACCUCCGUACAGUGAAUACUUCAUCCAGGCAGACCUGAGCGACAUGAUGAUUCAGCUGCAGUAUAUACAGUCGCUGCUGCCCAGCUCCUUUGAGUCCUCGGGACACCUGUUUCUGGCUCCAAGGGAAUACUGCAAAAGUCUGCAUCUUUCUGACAACAACACCCAGUUCUUGGAGAACUUCCUCUUGCUCAUGCUGCACAUGUCGGAGUCUGAUGAAUGUGACCAAGGCCUCAUCCACAACCUGAUUUUGGAUUCUAGGAUUAUUGGGCAGCUUGCCUCUCGUGUUUGGAAGAACAAGGACCUGAACUCGUACGGCUUCCUGGCUGUAUUUGCGUCCACUGAUGCAGGAAUAACACGUGUUUUCCCCAACAUAGCUGCUGAGUCAUGGGAUGAGGAUCCCGAACCCUUUAAUACAAAUUAUUACAGACGCAGCCUCGACAACAAAGGCUACAUGUUCAGAGCUCCAUCCAGAUCCGCGUUGGACGACCCUGCAGUCGCAGAAAAUGGCACCGUUGGAAUUUUGGUUAGUUCGGCCGUGGAGGUUAAUUUGGGAGGCAAACUGCUCAAACCUUCAGUGGUCGGGGUGAAGCUGGACUUGGAGGCGUGGGUGGACAAGUUUAAGAUUCUGGCCAGCAACGUGUCCGACAGUCGACAGGGAGCACACAAGUGUGGACCCUCCCGAAGCUGUGAGAUGGACUGUGAAGUGAACACUGACGACCUCCUCUGUUAUCUCAUUGAUGAUGGCGGAUUCCUGGUUAUGUCUAAUCAAAGAGAUCAUUGGAAAAAGAUCGGCCUUUUCUUUGGUGACGUUGACCCCUACUUGAUGCACGCUCUCUACAACAACUCAAUCUUCAAUCGCCGUCAGUCUUACCACUUCCAGUCGGCAUGCGAGCCCGUCAGCAGCAGCCAUACUGGCGCAGCGCCGAGGGGCAUCUACGUGCCCUCCAUUGCUGACGUCCUCAGCUUGGCCUGGUGGACCUCUACAGUGGCAUGGUCUGUGACCCAGCAGCUGCUCUAUGGACUUGUCUACAACAGCUGGCUCUACCGAGAUGACGUCCUGGUUGAAGGUUUUGAAGCAAGGGAAAGCAGCUGUGUGACCAUCCAGAGCCAGUUCUACUUCACAAACACCACCAACUCCUACAAUGUGCUGCAGGACUGUGGAAACUGUUCACGGCUUUUCCACGCUAAGCGGAUUGAAAACACCAACCUUCUGUUUGUGGUCGCCGAGACGCUCCCCUGCAGCUCAUGUGAGAUAGAGAGAUUGACACAGAUCAGGACGGAGUUUCAGGAGGAGAAUCCGUGCGAAGUACUGAGCAAUGCACGAUAUCGUAAAGGCCCGACAUCCUGCUUCGACUUCAGUGCCUUAGAAAACGCAUCAGAGUGUGGACGAGGUUGUGCACUGCAGUCCUCUAUAGGAGUCCUCCUCUUUGUUCAGCUCAUUCUGCCUCUUCUUCAACUUUGACACGUGCAAACACUCUAACUGACACCUUUCAUCUCUUUGGGUUUAGGCUCGGAUCUACUGAAGGUCAGAUCAAGCAGCUACUGCUGAAUUAGAAUUUCUUCAAUGCACAAACGGCACACGGUGCAUUUGUGCUUGAAAAAAUGUGUGGAGCGGCUUUUAAUGUUUAUUGCCUUAUUGCGUACGCAUUUGUUGGUGUUUCAGGGCUUGCUUGAGUGCAAAUUAUAGAAUGUGUCGAGUGUGCAUGCUACUUAAAUUAAUACCAGCAUGUUUAACAUUUUUGCACACAUGCUCAGCCAUGUAAGCAACCACCAAAUAGUCAGGAAGUGCAGCUGAAAUGCACCUUGAACGGGCCAAUAAGUGGUCACCCGGCAGGAACAGAGCUCAGUCGCAAUUUUAGGUGUGAUCGUGGUGGAGAACUUGGAUCUAAGACUCCGUUGGACUGAUUUGUUAUGUAGUAAACACACAGUGUUCUCGCGUUUCUCCAAAGAUAACCCCAAAAAAGUCACACAGUCAAAGUGUUACUUAAGUAAAAGAAGAGACAUGCAAGCAACAACAUCAGCCUAAAUUAAAAAUAUUUAUUUGACGGCAGAAUGGGUCCUAUCAGUGUUAUGUCCAUGUAUCAUGCAUUAUUUUAUCAGGUUAUUAUUACUGAUGUAUUAAGCAUCCAUGUUAAUGUUUAGGUUCGUGAAGAUGGAGUUCAUUUAUACCACUACUACUGUUUACUUCUAGUUUACUCUUUUAAACGUAGUAGUAGUAAGUAUUAAUCAAGGUUUCUGCCCUAAUAUAACUAAAUGCACUUCCUGCCUCGUGAAAUAUUUCGAUUGACCUUUUAAAAAUGUUGCAACCGCUUUGUUUGCAUUUGUUUUUACAUGCGUGCAGUCUCUCCCUCCCUGAAUGUUCUGGCGUAAUGCAACAUCUCAUCUCAGGGGCACACUGGCCCCUUUGGAACAGUGGACACCGCUUGCAGGACAUCCUCCGUACACAACAGCACCACAACAUGGACACGCUUACUAGAACGUUGCUCCACUAGUGUCCAUAAACGGCAUUAGAAUUACUAAUGCUUAGUGCAAGCAACAUCAUCAACGCAGCCAUGCUGACCAAUAAGAGCUGCUUUAUUGACACUACAGCAGGAGAAACUAGUUAGAGUCUUUAGAUACUUAGAUUCAUUCUCACUGACACAAUGCUGAAUCGAUCUGAAUAUAUUUAUCUGACUGAUCAGCUGUAGGAUAAACAGCAUUUGUGAGUUUGGGAUGGCUCGUUAGAUGAGGCGCUGUUUAUAAGGAUUUACAAUUUCCAAGCUGCAGCUUGGUAAAGCCAUCUAACACAACUUUACGGUGUGCACACCACACAUAAAGCUAACUGCUCCCGCAGGAAAAGAUAUAUAGGUAGUCAACAUCUGCUGAGCUCAGCUCUGCUUCCAGAAACUUCUGCUUUUGCUGGCUUUGUGGAAUUUAAAAUGAUUUAUUUCUGACAGUUUUCUUUUUUUAUUUUCCAUCCUAGUAAAUAUCUUUGCACAUCAAGGAGCUUCCUUGCAUCUUAAGAGUUUUUUACAUGAUAGUAGAUCUGGGCCUUGACCUCACAUUCACUUCUGUGUCUUUUGAUCCAACUCUGACAUUUUGCCAAGACCUUCAUUACUUCAAAUUACAUUAUUACAUCAUUACAUGACGCUGAUGGAUUCCAUGCUGCAGUCUCUUUAAGUGUUUUCUGUUCCCCAAUAAAUAUAUUCUCAGAGCAACAUGAGGAGAAAUACCAGUGUUAGACCUCCAGCAAGAUAGUGUGGUUUUGAAUUUGAAGACAAUAACACAGAUUGUUAAAGUCAAGGUUUAUGGAAAAGCCUCCAGAGAUUCACAGUAUCAACUUGAAGUGCUUCCAGUUUGAAGAAUUGUUAAAGGGUGUAAAAUCAAAAAAUCAAGACAAACUGUGACUUUUUACACAGCUUGUAGUAUUAAAUCCGGCCAAACCACAGCAUUUUUAGUGCAAUAAUGCUGUGAUAAUCUGACUUAAUCUGACAGUAAUUAUCAUUGCCAUCAAUUUAUAACAUUUUACGUAGUUUACAUGCAGUGUUAUCUCUGUUGUCUUAUAGCACAAAACAUGUGCCGACGUUGGUGCAUGUCAGACAUUCUAAACAUCCUUUAUUUGAUCCAUCAAUCUCUUUAUAUGUUGUAACACCACUGUUAGUCAAAUCCGAAUUUAUGCACUUAUGUAUGCUUCUGUAAGGGGAAUGUAGCUUCUGAAUAGCUUUCAAUGUUAUCGAUAUGUUAUAAGUAUGUGAGGCUUUUUGAUCCUCUGUGAGAUUUCCCUGAUUUCUAUUUAAAAGUGAUGAUUUGCUGUGGAGAAUAUUUUAAUUUUAUCAUGUGUACCUUGUUACAGCAGUGGUAUCUGUUUCAACUUUUAACUAAAUCAUGAAACUGUAAGAAAAGGCCGCCCAGUCCUGUAUGUUUGGGAUUGUACUACUUGAAUUUAAAGUGUGGCACCAAAACAUGUUUACAUUGUACAAUUUAUUCACACUUUUUGUUCAUGUGUAUUAUUAAGGUCGUUAUGAAACCUAAUACACCAAAAAAGAGAUUAGGGCUGCAACUAACAAGUGUUUAUAUUAUCUUAUUAUUCUGUCAAUUACUUCUCAAUUAAUAAACCUUUAUAUUUGUAAGGUCACAAUAGACCAACAGUCCAAAAUCUCAAAUCAUUCCUUUUAAAGUGCUACAAAGUAUAGAAAAGUAUCAAAUCCUGCCUUUGCACAAGCCGGAACAAGCAAAUUAUUGGCAUUCUGACCGUUUUAUAAUACAUUUAGCUCAAAAAUAUUUCAUAUAUGUGUAGUUGUAUGCCUCAGUUCAAGUUAGAGAGCAGUAAAAGGCUGUUUUCACUAAAAUGUUUGACGAACAAGGCUACAGCAUCUCUGAUCAAUUAUUUGCUAUAUUAGAAUUCAUGAUUUUAAGUAUAAUGUUAUUUUCCACAACAAAAUGAACCUGUUUACUCCUUACAGCUACAUUUACUGUGGUUUAACUGACGGACACAAGCUGUUUCUUUCUGGAUGCUAAACCACAAUUAACUUGAUUUAAGAUCAACACAAAGCACAAAUCCUGCUGGUGUGUACACAUUUUUUUAAACGUAUUCUAGUGAAGUCUUUGUAACCUUUUGGUGUGAACCUGUCUUGUUUCUGCAGAGUUAUGCAUGAUAAAAUCCUCAAAACAUUUCCCCACAGUGAUUCAUCAAUAACACGGUGUCUUUUUGUGUUUUGGAUUAUUUGAUCUGGUUAAAGAGUUAAUGGGGAUAUUUCUAAAGCUUUUUUGUCAACAUAUUUGUAAAGUCUACGUCUGCCCGGUGUUGCACCCUGCAGUGCCUUGCUGCACUCAUUUUGGAUGGCAGGAACCUUUUGGCUCUUAGACGCGUUGACGAAAGACACACCUGAAGUUGGAGCGGCGUGACGGUUCAGCCCUAAAUGGACUUCUCCGUCCCGGAACAAAA